GGGAUGUGGCAGUUGUGAGUGUCAACUGGUCGGGCGAGUUUAUUCGCGGGGUUAUCGAGGGGACUUGUGGGGGCGGGGAUGGAGGAGUGAGGAGGGUGGUGGCGAACGGGGUGAGUUGGCCCCGGGGCGAGGUGGAGGGACCGGCGGAGCUCGGCGGACAGCCGCUCUCUACGGCAGGUGAUAAGCUGCGGGCGAUGAGGUCGCUGCGGGAGGGGCUCGAGGAGCAGACGGUGGUGUACUUUGGGGACUCGACGACAGACCUGGCGUGCCUGGCCGCCGCGGAUUUCGGCGUGGUCAUGGCGGACGAUGCGGAGAGCAAGUUGCUGAAGACGUUGAAGCGGAUCGGCUUCGAGGUGCCGCAUGUUGCGGACGCUGCAGCGGGGAGUAAGAUUGUUUGGGCGAGGGACUUCGACGAGGUUACCCAGAGUGGUCUCAUGGACAGGAUAGGGGUUUGAGAGCUGCCGUUUACACGGUAGAAAGAGGGACAGCUGCUGUCAGCUUUGCUGGGUAGCAACCGACAGAUACAGUCGUGCGUAGUUUUCUUUUUCCCUCUUGGGUUCCCUUUCAUGCGCGCUUAGUUUCUGGACACAACACAAGGUGCUCAUCUGGGGAGAAUUAACUAUCAGUUACCCCUGGGUUGUUUAGAUCAGCUGAACAAAGACGCCAUGCGCAGUUCGGCAAUGCACCUAGACAGACAUACACAGGAUCAGAAAGCAGCGACUCAAACAAAGCGUCCUGUCCCCUGCUGUUUACUGCAAUAUCCCCUACCAUGCGUGGAACAAUGCCUUUCACCUGCCAACGACUUCUGUGCCAACCAACGCAUGCACUAUCAGGAUAAGCGAACAACCAUGCCACUGCUGUGUAGCAUAUAAACAAGCAUGGACAGCUUCAUCCAUCCCCUCAGUCGAAGCAUCAGCCUACUACUCAUCUCCCCACUCGCCCACCACCUCAACUCACCUCACCUCACCUCGCAAG